AAACACACUUCUGAUGUGGCACGUAAACAUCUUAUAAGUCUAAUAUCUGUGAUAAGGAAGUAAAUAUUUACUUAAAAACACAUUUUUAAGUGUUUUCUGCUAUAUAUUCGCUCAUUUUGUGCUUAAAUUUAUUUAAUUCAAGUAGAAAUCUUAUAAAACAUUGAAAUAACCUAAAAAUAUACUAAUUGCAUUGUUAAUAAUAUUAUUAAAGCCCAGUGGAUUCAUUCUUUACUGUUAUAAAUUGUGAAAGAACUUCCCACAGCAAAGAAGAAUAUCAAACUAGUGAUAAAAUGAUCGAGCAUAUUGUUUUGGUACAUGGUGGUGCUGGAGACAUUACAGAUUCAGCAAAAAUUCCUAUUUUACUUGCAGGAGUGAAAGCUGCAGCAUUAGAAGGGUACAGAAAGCUUCAAGAAACAGGAUGUGUCUUGGAUGCUGUUGAAUAUGCCGUCCGAAAUCUUGAAGAUAACGAAAAUUUCAAUGCCGGAAAAGGUUCCGUUAUCAAUACAGAUGGAGAAGUUGAAAUGGACGCCAGUAUUCAAUGCGGAAAAACACUCGAUUGCGGAGCUGUGACCAUUGUAAAAGACGUCAAAAAUUGCAUUACACUUGCCCGGAAAGUAAUGGAGAACACCGAACAUACAAUCCUUGGAGCUGAAGGAGCAAGACGCUUUGCAAUUGAUCAAGGCCUAGACUUAAUGGAACCUGGAGCAUUGGUCACCGAGCGUAGAAUUGAAGACUUAAAAAGGAUCUUAGCAAAAAGACAAGAACCCAAAUGUGAAAUGGGAACCGUUGGUAGUGUAGCAAUCAAUUCUAAGGGAAAUCUAGCUGCUGCAACAUCCACAGGAGGCCGCGAAGGCAAAAUGCCGGGUCGAUGCAGUGACACAUCCCAAAUCGGAAGUGGUACCUUUGCAGACGACGCCAUUGGAUGCGUCUCAACCACAGGCCAUGGUGAAUCUAUCAUGAAAGUAUGUCUGGCAUACAAUAUUCUUGAAAAUCACAAAGCAGGGAUGAGUAUUCAAGAUGCUACGAAGAAAGGCGUCAAUGAUAUGACAGCUAAAGUUGGUAACACUGCCGGUGCCAUUGCUAUCUCCCACAAUGGCGAAGUAGGAGUUGGUUUCUCUUCCAAUAGAAUGUCCUGGGCCUACAUUAAAGGCAACGAAGUACAUUUCGGCGUGGACCAAGAUCAACAUGACAUUGAAACGAUUACAAUCUAAACAUUCCACAUUGAUUUUAUUACAACCAAUAAACUCAACAUUGUAUUACUCAUAA